AUGUGCCUAUGCAACAGAAAAAAGCCAGAAGUUCAACUGCCAGCACUUGGCGUCGAACCUAACUCAGCGCUUAUAGAUCGAAUUCACUCAUGCAAACAACCGACAAAAGAAUUGUCCAUAAAGAAAGGUGAUUUGAUAUUUUCAUUAAAAGAAUUAAAGAUGCCAAAAACAAGCGGUAGCAAAAAAUACGACAGUAAAGAAAAUAUUAAAGUUGGAAAACUUGAGGGAGAUGACACAUUUUAUCCAAAACCCAUGUCUAAAAAUGAAGCCGAUCAAGAUGAAAUAAAAGAUGUGUCUAGCACAACACUGCAGUACGAUCCAUAUGCUCCUCUCGAAGAACUUGAGAAACGGGAAUGUUUCAAUUGUCACACGUUACGCAGAAAUACAUUCCUUGCUAAUGCAUUAUCGAUGCCGAAUGAAAAGGAACGCAAGAAAAAAAGCAAGCCAAAAUCACCGCAUGUUUUACCUUUUAUAAUUACAUCAUUUUUACAAGUAGUUCCAUUCCAAAAAAAAUACCUUUCUCAGUUAUUUUCCACAACAACCGAUAGGAGUAAAGUGACAUUUAAUGAAAAAGUAUUUGACAUAACUGAUUGGGAAGAUUUCGCAAGCACAGCGGAAGAACGAUCGGACAGAACGCAAAGGGAUAGUGAAUUGGAACUUGUGAAAACGCAAGAAAUUCUACCUCUAACAUCUAAGGAAGCAGUGGAGGGAUUGUCGGAUAAAGUUCAUUCAAUAAUGAAAUCAGCAACGAACGAUUCAGCAGAGUUAACAGAUCAGAAUAGCAUACCAGGAAUAUUUACUAAGGCAGAGAUGUCGCCAUCACUCAACUAUGAGAAGGAAAUACCUGGAAAUAAUCCGGAAUUGAAAUAA